AGCCCGUCGGGAUGAGUGGCGGAGGGACGGAGACCCAAGUGGGUUGCGAGGCCGCCCCGGGAGGCGGCGGCGUCAAGAAGAGGGACUCUCCGGGGACCGCGGGUUCGCCGGCGCACCUCAUUAUCAAGGAUCUUGGAGAAAUUCAUUCAAGACUUUUAGAUCACAGACCAGUUAUUCAAGGUGAAAUCCGUUAUUUUGUGAAAGAAUUUGAAGAAAAACGUGGUCUUCGAGAAAUGAGAGUUCUUGAAAAUUUGAAGAAUAUGAUCCACAAAACAAAUGAACAGACUCUUCCCAAAUGUGGAGAGACAGUACAGGACAACUUAAACCAAAUUCUCCAGAGAUUGCAAGCAGCUAAUCACUCAGUCUGUAGACUCCAACAGAGGGAGCAGGAACAAAGAAAGAUUCAUAGUGAGCAUUUAAUAGCUAGUGAAAAACAGCAUACAAUCCAGUGGGAAGAUUUCAUGAAGGAGCAACACAACAAACGGGCUGAAGUGGACGAAGAGCACAAAAAAGCCAUGGAGAGACUUAAAGAUCAAUAUGCCGAGAUGGAGAAAGACCUAGCAAAAUUUUCAACCUUUUAAGAACUCACAAUAACGAAUGAAUAAGAAAACAUUGACACUCCGCCCACCCCAAAUAUUCCCACCAAAUCAUUUAGCCUCUGUUUCAAGCUUAGCAAUAUUUUCAAUGGCACUCUUAUGUCAGAAGAAAGGAACUUCUGCUUGAGUCCUGAUUAAAGGUUUAAUAGAAGAGUGCUAUAUCUUUCUAGUUCUCAAGUGCCUAUCUAUGAUUAUUUGGAUGGGAAGGAGUAGGAGGAAAAAUGGGAUAAAUUUACACUUUGUUAAUUAGAAUUGGUCUUACCAUUGAUUAGCUCAGAGAACUCUUUAAGUAUAGACUAACUGCAAAAUAAUUUAAUUCAUUCCUGUACAGGGUUAGUAUUAGUUUGUUAUUGUGGCUUAAAAGGCAGGUUGUAAUAGCUGCCAGCCAUAGCUUCCCAGGCUAUGGGAAGGAUGUAUAAAGUGUUAUUCCAUGAAAAUGUAGACAAAACAACUGUUCUUGGAGCAGAAAUCAUAUUUAAGAGAAGCAAAAGUCAAAACAUUAUCUCACCUAUGGCAGAGAUGGCUGUGUUGGGCUUUGAACUGCCUAUUGGAAAAUGUUGCAAAUUUCGUAGUACAGCAUAAUGCCGUAUGUUACACUGGAUGACAAGACACACUUGUUUUGUGGCCUUCCAAUAGUUAAUAUUUUCAGUUUUUAAAAUAUGCUUAAAAGGAACAGCUUACCAAAAAUAUAUAUUGACUUUUAGCCUUUCCAGGAACCAUGAUCUUGCCCAUAGUAUUUACCUCAUAUUUGUGUCUGUUUUGCUGUGGGUAAGCUUUAUAGGAUAAAUAAUGUCUAUACAUGUUUCAACUGUUGAAUGAGUAAUCAGCAAAAUCUGCCAAGUAGUACCUCUGGAACCUUAUAAAAUAUCUGGCUCUGAGUGAACCAGAAGUGUUUGCCCACAUGGCAGAUGAUCCAUGUUAAAUGUAAAUCCUUCUUAGUGUUUAAGUCUAUUCUCAUAAGCAGGUGAAUUAAAGCGAAACAUGUACCAGUUCUUUCAUCACUGUGAUCUUUAAAAAUCUGCAUUUAACAGUAUAAUUGAAGAACUAAGUUCCUUUUUUUUUAUUUGCCAAAAAUCAAACAAAAUUAAAUGCAAUACCUUCAAGAGAUUUAUGGCAAAUGAAUUUGAGGUACGGAUAAAUCCUUCAACUAUUUUUUAUUGCUCUUUCUUUAUUGUAAAGAAAGGCAAGAAAGAAAAUAUAUCCAGCUCUCUCGUGUUGUCUCAGUGUUGCGACUGCAUAAAAUUGACAAUGCUUGCCUGUUUAAAUUUAUGGCUUACUGUCAAAGCUUCAUUCUUGGCUGCAUGUUGAAAAUGUGAUUAAAGUUAAUAGAGGAGAUGAAA